AUGGGGAUCUCCACGGUCAUCUUCCAAAUAUGUCUUUUAUGGGGUCAAGUUCUUUAUUCAGCAUGGAGCAGCUCCCGCUGUGUCAAUGCAGGUUUGCCCCUGAGGCUUGUGAAUGGCGGUGACCGGUGUCAGGGCCGGGUGGAGGUCCUCUACCAAGGCUACUGGGGCACCGUGUGUGACGACAGAACAGGGCUUGAUUUCGCUGUGAGGCUGGUGAAUGGAGGAGACCGGUGUCAGGGUCGCGUGGAGAUCUUUUACCAGGGUUCCUGGGGCACUGUGUGUGAUGACGGCUGGGACACCAAUGAUGCCAAUGUGGUGUGCAGGCAGCUGGGCUGUGGCUGGGCCGUGUCUGCCCCCGGAUAUGCCCGGUUUGGACAGGGCACAGGGCCCAUUGUCCUGGAUGAUGUGGCUUGCACAGGGCAUGAGUACUAUCUGGCAAGCUGCUCCCACCGAGGCUGGCUCUCCCACAACUGUGGACACCAGGAGGACGCUGGCGUCAUCUGCUCAGAUACCCAAACAACCUAUCCAACACCUGAGCCGACCACUCCAGAGCCUUUCACCACCGCAGAUGUGACCACCACUCCUCCUGACACAACAGUAGGGCUUGAUUUCCCUGUGAGGCUGGUGAAUGGAGGAGACCGGUGUCAGGGUCGCGUGGAGAUCUUUUACCAGGGUUCCUGGGGCACUGUGUGUGACGACGGCUGGGACACCAAUGAUGCCAAUGUGGUGUGCAGACAGCUGGGCUGUGGCUGGGCCGUAUCUGCCCCCGGAAAUGCCCGGUUUGGACAGGGCACAGGGCCCAUUGUCCUGGAUGACGUGGACUGCACAGGGCACGAGUACCAUCUGGCAAGCUGCUCCCACCGAGGCUGGCUCUCCCACAACUGUGGACACCAGGAGGACGCUGGCGUCAUCUGCUCAGCUUCUCAAUCAAGCUAUACAACACCUUAUGUUAUCUAUGAGACUACAAGCGUGUCCACAGAAGAGAUCACCACUCCAGAACCGACUACCACUGAAGUGCCACCCAGCACUCUGCCAAUAGGAACAGAAAUUGAUUUUUUUGUGAGGCUGGUGAAUGGAUCAGACAGUUGUCAGGGUCGCGUGGAGAUCUUGUACCAGGGUUCCUGGGGCACCGUGUGUGACGACGGCUGGGACAUAAAUGACGCCAAUGUGGUGUGCAGACAGCUGGGCUGUGGCUGGGCCGUGUAUGCCCCCGGAUAUGCGUGGUUUGGACAGGGCUCUGGGCCCAUUGUCCUGGAUGACGUGGACUGCAGAGGGUACGAGUACCAUCUGGCAAGUUGCUCCCACCGAGGCUGGCUCUCCCACAACUGUGGACACCAGGAGGACGCUGGCGUCAUCUGCUCAGCUUCUCAAUCAAGCUAUACAACACCUGAUGUUAUCUAUGAGACUACAAGCGUGUCCACAGAAGCUGAGACAUCGCCAUACCCGACUAUUGCUGAUUGGUUUACUGAAACUCCUGUAAACUAUACCUGCGGAGGUUUCCUGGCUGGGUACUCUGGUAUCAUUUCUAGUCCACUCUAUCCCGGGAAUUAUCCCAAUUACGCCAGAUGUGUGUGGAACAUUUUGGUCCCAACCAACAACUACGUGUCUCUACACUUCAUGGAUGUGCAGCUGGAAGGAGGCUGCAGCUUUGACUACAUCCUGCUUUUUGAUGGCCCUGAGUACAAUUCUUCUCUCAUUGCUCGCGUUUGUGAUGGGGCCCGUGGAACUUUCACCUCCACACGGAACUUCAUGUCUGUAGUCUUCAUCACUGAUGGCAGUGUCACCAGGACAGGGUUCCAGGCUAGCUACGUCUCUGUCUAUGUCCCUUCCACCACUUGGUGGACCACAACAACUCCUUACUAUGUCAACUAUACCUGCGGAGGUUUCCUGACCCAACCUUUUGGGAACUUUUCCAGUCCAUUCUACCCUGCGAACUAUCCUAACAAUGCCAGAUGUGUGUGGAACAUUGAGGUCCCGAACAACUACCGUGUGACUCUGGUCUUCAGAGAUGUGCAGCUUGAGGGGGGCUGCAGCUACGACUACAUUGAGAUUUUCGACGGCCCCCACCACAGCUCUCCUCUCAUCGCUCGCGUUUGUGAUGGGGCCCUGGGCUCGUUCACGUCCACAUCCAACUUCAUGUCAGUGCGCUUCAUCAGUGACCACAUUAUUACCCGGAGAGGGUUCCAGGCCGAGUACUACUCGGACUUUGCCAAUAACAUCACCAGUCUCCUCUGUUUGUCAAAUCACAUGCGAGCCAGUGUGAGCAGGAGCUACCUUCAGUCCAUGGGCUAUUCUGCCGGAGAGCUUGUCAUUCCUGGUUGGAAUUCAAGCUACCAGUGUCGGUCCCAGAUAACACAGAGGCAGGUCAUAUUCACAAUUCCCUACACGGGCUGUGGCACUACCAAACAGACUGACAACGAGACCAUCAACUACUCCAACUUCCUCAAAGCGGCGGUUUCGAAUGGCAUCAUCAAGAGGAAGAAGGACCUCCACAUCCAUGUGAGCUGCAAGAUGCUUCAGAACACCUGGGUCAACACCGUCUACAUCACCAACAACACCGUCGAGAUCCAAGAAGUCCAGUACGGCAAUUUCGAUGUGAACAUCUCCUUUUAUACAUCCUCCUCCUUCCUGUAUCCAGUGACCAGCAGCCCAUACUACGUGGAUCUGGACCAGAACUUGUACCUUCAGGCUGAAAUCCUCCAUCCUGAUUCCUCCCUGGCCUUGUUUGUGGACACCUGUGUGGCUUCACCAUACCCUAAUGACUUCUCAUCUUUGACAUAUGAUCUCAUCCGGAGUGGAUGCGUGAGAGAUGAAACUUACCAACGCUACUCUUCACCGUCGCCACGCAUUGCCCGCUUCAAAUUCAGUUCCUUCCACUUCUUGAACCGCUUCCCCUCGGUGUAUCUGAAGUGUAAACUGGUGGUGUGCAGAGCAUAUGAUUUCUCUUCCCGGUGCCAGAGAGGCUGUGUGGUGAGGUCCAAGAGAGAUGUCGGCUCCUACCAAGAAAAGGUGGACGUUGUCCUGGGACCCAUCCAGUUGCAAUCCCCUGACAAAAAUAAGAGGAGCCUGGACUUGGCAGUGAAGGAUGUGGAGAAGCCAGUUAACUCCCAGGCGGCCUAUCCCACUGCUGCCAUCUUUGGUGGAAUCUUCCUGGCCGUGGUCCUAGCUGUGGCUGCCUUCACGCUGGGAAGGAAGACACGCGGUGCCCGUGGCCAACCUCCAAGCACUAAGAUGUGAAGCAAAGCGCACCCAGGCAUUGGUUCCACAUGCCCAGAUUCCUGGAAAAGACAGAAGCAAUGAGCCUGUGAUGCUUUGCACCCGGAUACACUGCGGCUAGGUUUUCCCUUAGCAUGAAUGCAUGGCAAAGUAUGUUGAGACGGCAGAGGAGAAAGAUGGGGCCCAAGUUCCCCCAGGGUCUACAGGCUGAAGGCUGGGAAGGACAUAGCAGAAUGAGACCACUGUCGACACCCCCCCCCCACCACCUAGGAGCCAAACACUGGAGCAGCAGUGAUUUCUCUAGCUAGUUCCCCUUCCCCAUUUUAUAGCCAACUUUC